UCUGCUUCAGAAGGUAUCCUGGGAUGGCCUGGGCCCAAGUCACACUCCACAGAGCAACUGAAGAACGGUGCCCUGAGCUCCUUAUCAUCUGCUAGUGCCAACAUUACAUGGGCAAUAGUACCAUCUGCAGCCCAGGACGGACAGGCGCUACAACCAAAUACAGAGCAUUCAGCUUCUGAGUUGAUCCUAGUUGAAGAUGAAAUGACAGAUACUGAAGAUAAUGAAGAGGAGGAUUUAGGAGUCAUGGAUGAUCAACGUAGUGUAAUUCUUCAUCUCAUCUCUCAGCUCAAACUUGGCAUGGACCUUACCAGGGUAGUGCUUCCAACAUUUAUUUUGGAGAAAAGAUCCCUGCUGGAGAUGUAUGCAAAUUUCAUGGCCCAUCCAGACCUGUUUUUGUCAAUUGCAGCUGGAGCCACUCCCGAGGAAAGAAUUAUCUGCUUUGUGGAGUAUUAUCUAACAGCUUUUCACGAAGGCCGAAAGGGAGCGGUUGCCAAGAAGCCCUAUAACCCUAUAAUUGGUGAAACGUUUCAUUGCUCGUGGGAUGUGCCUAAAGAUAAAGUGAAAGCAUUCAGAACUAACGGUGCCUCCACGGUUUCUAAGGACCCAACCAAGGAGUUUGGCCAGGACCAGUCCACAUGCUACAAGCUGAGGUUUGUAGCUGAACAAGUAUCCCAUCAUCCACCGGUAUCUUGCUUUUACUGUGAGUGCAAAGAGAAGAAAAUGUGUGUGAACGCUCACGUAUGGACCAAAAGCAAGUUUAUGGGCAUGUCAAUAGGUGUUUCUAUGGUAGGUGAAGGUGUUCUUUACUUGAUGGAACACGAAGAAGAGUAUGUUUUCACCCUGCCUAGUGCCUAUGCUCGCUCAAUACUUACCAUCCCAUGGGUGGAGCUUGGAGGGAAAGUCAACAUCAAUUGUGCCAGAACAGGCUAUUCUGCUACGGUCACGUUCCACACCAAGCCUUUCUAUGGAGGCAAGGUCCACAGGGUUACAGCUGAAGUGAAACACAAUCCCACUAACACCAUCGUAUGCAAGGCACAGGGAGAAUGGAAUGGUACGCUGGAAUUUACUUACAGCAACGGAGAAACCAAAGUGAUUGACACUAGCAAACUGCCUGUUAUCAGGAAAAAGAUUAGGCCGAUAGCAAAACAAGGCCCACUGGAAUCCAGGCACCUUUGGCAACACGUCACCAAUUCUCUGAAAGAAGGUAACAUCGAUGCAGCAACGGAACACAAGCACCGCCUUGAAGAGAGACAGCGAGCAGAGGAGAGGCAACGUGUGGCUCUUACAACGCCGUGGAAACCAAAAUACUUUGCCAAAGAGGGCGAUGGCUGGCUAUACUUGAAUCCUCUCUGGAAGACCCAUUGACGGGAUAGAGCGAUUGCCUCACAACUUUACCUUAAAGGCAUUAAAAUGAUACAGUAUAUAACUU